AUGGAGGAGUAUACGAUAAAGCGAAAAAUCGGUGAUGGCGCACAGGGCGUCGUGUACGAGGUAGAGCACAACACCUCCAAGGUGGCCUACGCCAUGAAGGUCAUCUGCUGCACGGACCAGGAGCAGGUGAAUCUCGCCCUCAAGGAAAUCAAAGUGCUGCUACAGCUGCGUCAUCCCAGCAUUGUGUCCUACGUGGACUUUUUUCUCAUCUUCAACAGCGCGAAGCUGCGGCACGAGUUUGCCCUGAAGAGCGAGGGUGGCGACACCCCCGUGCAGGAAGGCAGACAGGGUGUUCGUGCGCACGCAGGGGUCGACAGCCUGGCCAUGUGCAGUCUGUCGAACAGCGAGGUGAAUCUGGGUGGCGCGGAGGGACGCAGCGGCGGUGGCGUUGGUGGUUGCGGUGGUGAUCGUGCACGCGUGCAAGGACAGGGCGUUGUGCAAACGACGCUGCUCAACCGGGCCAGUCAAAGCGCCGCAGCUGCCGCGCACUGGCUGGGCAAGGAGGAGAUUGCCGUCUGCCUCGUGAUGGAGCUGUGCCGCAACGGCGACAUGCAAGGGCUGGUGCGCGAGGCUCGUCAACAGUGGAUGGAGACGGGCAGCCACCCCAUCACCGAGGCACAGGCACUGUCGUGGCUGGAGCAGGGGGCGGCGGCGCUUCAGUUUAUCCACGACAAGGGCUUUCUGCACCGCGACUUGAAGCCGACCAACAUCUUCUUUGACGAGUACAAGGACAUCAAAAUUGGCGACUUUGGGCUGGCGGCAACGGUGGGGCUGGGCCGCAACUCGGCCGUUGGCACGCCGUACUACUUGGCACCUGAACGCAUGCUGCAGCAGUGCUACGACGGCAAGGUGGAUGUCUGGGGUCUCGGCGUGGUCCUACUGGAACUCCUCACCUUGCGUGAGCAACCCAUCAACAGCAUGGUGCUCGACGACGCCAAAUCGGCCGAUGCCGUCGUGCAGCAAAUCAUCAAGAUGAAGUUCUCCGCAAAGCUCGCGAACUUGGUGCGGAGCAUGCUGCAACGGCAGCCACAGGAUCGACCGGAGCCGCUGACGAUCUUGCAGCGGCUGGCCGCCAUCACGACGACCGCGCCCCACCUGGGAAUGUCUGCCAGUCUCUUUGCCGGGAUGAGCUGCCCCAAGAUCACCGACGCCCUCUGCGACGUCUGUGAGGUGGAGACGGCGACGGUGAUGUGCGCCAGCUGCAAGGCCGCCUUCUGCACCGGCUGCGACCGUGCGCGGCACAAGCACCACUCCCGCCAGAGCCACGACCGCACUGCCCUGUCGUCGCUCAUGAACGGCCUGAGCGGCACCGCCAGCACGCCCACGUCGGUCACGACACCGCAACAGCAACUGACCCUUUCCUUCUCACGCGGGCCGUCGACGGCGAACAACUCCGACGCGGCACGCAGCAGCAUGCAAAACGCCAGUCUCUUCCCCUCCGGCAGCGUCUCCCGCACUCUGCCGCGCGAUCGCGAGAUGAACAGCAAGACGUUCAACCGCUUCCAGCUGGCGCUGCCGGGCCACAACAUGUCCCUGUCGGAGUUCUCCGCCUCGCAGAGCCACCUGGCACGCCGCGAAAGCUCGGGCAACCACCAAAGCCCAAACGUGAACAGCGUCGCCGACACGGUUCUCCGCGUGCCGCAGGACGUAGCGAGUCUCGCACAGGCGCUGCAGGUGGUGGAGUCGAUGCCGCACAUCCGUACCGUUGUCGUGGGGAGCAACACGACCCACACCGUUCCGCUGGUGCUCACGUCGCGGCUGCCGGAGGGUCUGAAGUUGGUGGGGGAGUCGCCGCCACCGAUGCUGGAGGUGGCGGACAGCCCGUUUGCCCUCCACUGCCAGUCCGGCAGGGGCACAGUGGAGAACUUUAUCGUGCGCCACGUCGGUCGCAGCCACACGAAGCUGCGGGAGGUGGACGUGAACCACCGCUGCCCCGACGCCGGGCCGGGGGUGAGUGGCGGGAGAGGAGGUGCCGCCGCCGCAGCAGCGAAGAAGCCGUCCCGCCCCACGGCGGUGUCGAUUACGGGUGGGGAGUGGCGCUUACACAGGUGUCGCGUCUCGUGCGUGGAGGGGAGCGGGGUGACGGUGGGCGGCGGCAAGCACACGCGUAUCGGUGGUGGCCCGGCUGUGACGCCCACCACCACCGGAGCCGCCGCAGAGUCACGCCCCUCGCCGUCUUCUUUGCUUGGCCACGGGCAGAGGAGCGGGGUGGAGGGCGACGACGAGGACGAGGAGGACGAUGGCGCAGGAGUCACCUCGCGCCGGCCAUUGGAGCCGGUGAUCACCAAGUGCACCUUCAUCGACGUCACCACGGCGGGGAUUGUGCUGAUGGAAAAGACGCGGGGCCUCUACGAAAACAACACCUUCUCCGGCUGCGGGUUCGCGGCCUUUUUGCUGAAGAAGGAGGCGACGCCGCGCAUUCGCGCCAACCACAUCACCGACGGCGCGGAGGCCGGCAUCUUCUGCCAAGACGCCUCGGGGGUGAUGGAGUACAACGUUGUCGCGCAGAACGCCGGGUGUGGGGUUGUGGUGAAGGGUGCGUCGGCGGCACCGGUGAUCCGCAAGAACCGCGUGCUGUCGAACGGGCAGGCCGGAGUGUUCUGCUGCGACCACGCCGCCCCGUUUGUGUCGGACAACGAAAUUCGCCGCAGUGGGAAAGCCGGCGUGCUGGUCAAGACGAGCGCUGCGCCGAAGAUCACCAGAAACAUGAUCGAGGACGGCAAAGAGGCGGGCAUCUACGUCUUCGACAAAGGCGCCGGCAUCAUCGAGGAAAACCGCGUCCGCAUGAAUCAGAAUGCCGGGCUGCUCGUCACGACGGGCGGCAAUCCGCACGUCAUUCACAACACCCUGACCAAGAACGCGUACGAGGGGGUGUGGGUGUGCAAGAAGGGCGGUGGGACCUUUUGCGACAACGACCUCCGCGGCAAUGCGAAGGGUGCGAAGGAUAUCGAGGCAGAUAGCCGCGUGACCUGGGUCGGUAAUCUGGAGGAAUAG